AUGUACUACGUUUUUACAAGCAAAACUGGCAUUCAUAUAUCCGAAACAUCUAGGCUGGCAGUUUAUAUAUUAUAUUCUUAUGUGAUACCGGCAAUAAUUGUAGCAUUGAACAUUGUUAUAACUAGUAGUUUAUCAAGCGUUACAUCGAUUGGAUACGGAGGUCACGUUUGUUUUUUGAAUCGACGAAUCGCAUUCAUUGUUACAUUCAUAAUUCCAAUAAGUCUUGUUUGCUGUUCAAAUAUUUUCUUCUUUAUUGGGACUGCUUUAACAAUAGCAAGACGACCAAAUUUGGAAAACGAUUCCCAAAUGAAUAUAAAUCAAAUUCAAUUUAGCGUGUACGUGAAAUUAUUUUCUAUAACUGGAAUCUCUUGGAUUUUUCAAAUCAUCGAUUCUUUCAUACCCUUUUCAGUCUUUUCAACAAUUGUUUCCCUUUUGAACGCUUUACAGGGUGUGUUCAUAUUUAUUUCGUAUGUCUGUAACAGACGUGUAAUAAAUCUAUAUAAACAAACUAAAAUGUCGCUAAGCGAAAACAGCAAUUCAAGAACAAGCAUACAUACAACUUCCAUCGAACUGAGUGCAGUUUAGAUAUACAACAUACACCGAACUACGUGGAGUUUAGAUAUUCAUCAUCCUCCAAAUUAGUUGGAGUUUAGAUAUACAGCCCCAAGUUAAAGUGAAGUUUUGGCCUACAACAUCAAUCGAACUUAGUAAAGUUUAGA